AUGUCUUCUGCAGUUGAGAAAGAGCGUAAGAAGGCCGAGAAGCUUGCCAAAUUCCAAGAAAAGCAAUCGAAAAAGCAAGCCGCUCCAGCCGACGCUGCGCCCAAGGCAGCAAAGAAGGAAAAGGUCAAGAAGCCCACGGCUGUCGACGCAUACGAACCACUAAAGAUCGAAUCCGGCCGGUACGAAUGGUGGGAAAGCAGAGGCUAUUUCAAGCCUCAAUUCACCGAGGAUGGCAAGAUCAAGCCCGAAGGGAAAUUCGUUAUCCCAAUCCCACCUCCCAACGUCACUGGAUCCCUUCAUAUGGGCCACGCCCUGACGAAUGCUCUACAAGACACUAUGAUAAGGCACGCUAGAAUGAAGGGCAAGACAACAGCAUGGAUCCCCGGUUGCGACCACGCGGGCAUUGCCACGCAAAGUGUCGUGGAAAAGCUCUUGUACAAGACUGAAGGCAAGACUCGACAUGAUAUUGGGCGCGAAGCCUUGUUGGAGAAAAUCUGGAGCUGGAAAGACAAAUAUCACGCCAAUAUUACGAGCCAGCUCAAGCGGAUGGGUGGUUCAAUGGAUUGGUCCCGGGAAGCGUUCACCAUGGACGAAAAUCUGUCUCGUGCCGUGCGAAAAACCUUCAUCGAUCUGUUCGACGAAGGUAUUAUCUACAGAGCGAACCGUCUGGUGAACUGGUGCUCGGCUCUUAGCACUUCUUUGUCCAAUCUGGAAGUCGACAACAAGGAGCUAAAGGGCCGGACGAAACUGAAGGUGCCGGGCUAUGAGAAGAUGAUCGAGUUUGGUGUACUCACCUACUUCAAGUACCCCAUCAGCAACGGAGAUGACUCCUACCGACACACAGACUCUCUGGAUCGGUUCAAAAAGCACGAAUUCAUCGAGAUUGCAACUACUCGUCCGGAGACAAUGCUGGGUGAUACAGCUAUCGCUGUACACCCGGAUGAUAAGAGAUACAAACAUCUUGUGGGAAAGACGGCAAUUCAUCCUUUCAUUCCCGAGCGCAAGAUUGUGAUCAUUGCAGACGAGGAGGUUGAGAUGGAGUUUGGUACGGGUGCUGUCAAGAUCACUCCGGCGCACGACCCCUCCGAUUUCAUCAAAGGCAAAAAGCACAACCUGGAGUUCAUCAACAUCCUCAAUGAUGACGGUACGCUGAAUGAGAACGCCGGACCUUUUGCGGGCCAAAAACGGUUCGAUGCCCGUUAUGGCGUCAUCAAAGCUCUGAAAGAGCUCGACCUCUAUACCAAGCAAGAAGACAACCCGAUGACAAUACCAAUAUGCCAACGGAGUAAAGACGUCAUCGAGCCAGUGCUCAAGCCUCAGUGGUGGAUGAGAAUGGCGGACCUUGCUAAGGCCGCGGAUGAUGCUGUGACUGAUGGCAGAAUACUCAUCAAGCCUGAGACUGAGUCGCGUCGGUUCCAUUUCUGGAUGCAGAACAUCCAGGACUGGUGUAUCUCUCGGCAGCUGUGGUGGGGCCACCGUGCUCCCGCAUACUUUGUCCAACUGGAGGGCGAAGCGAGCGAUGAAACAGAUGACCAUUUCUGGGUGUGCGCUGAAAAUGAAGAUGAGGCUCGCAUUAAGGCGGAAAAGAAGUUCCCCGGCAAGAAGUUUUCGCUGAAGUGGGACGAAGAUGUGCUUGAUACAUGGUUCUCCUCUGGACUCUGGCCCUGGUCCACCCUAGGCUGGCCUAAAGACACCCAUGAUAUGCGGACGCUAUAUCCCACGUCAAUGCUCGAGACUGGUUGGGACAUUCUCUUCUUCUGGGUAGCCCGAAUGGUCAUGCUUGGCCUCAAGAUGACAGGAGAUGUUCCAUUCACCGAGGUGUACUGUCACUCCCUUGUGCGCGAUGCUGAGGGCAGAAAGAUGUCAAAGUCUCUAGGCAACGUCGUGGAUCCCGUGGAUAUUAUCCAAGGUAUCUCGUUGGAGGAUCUACAUAAGACGUUGUAUACUGGAAACCUUGACCCUUCUGAGAUUGACCGAGCCAAAGCUUAUCAAAAGACAGCGUUUCCCAAGGGUAUUGAGGAGUGUGGCGCCGACGCAUUGCGGUUUACGCUUGUCAACUAUACUACUGGAGGGGGUGACAUCGCUUUUGACAUUCGAGAAAUCGAAGCCAAGCGACGAUUCUGCAACAAGAUUUAUCAAGCAACCAAUUUCGCUCUAGGACGGCUUGGGGAGGGUUUCACACCAAACGCGACUGCGACAGACAGUCAGCCCAAAUCUCUGGCGGAAGCUUGGAUUUUGCACAGGUUCAACCUUGCCGCCAAGCAGGUUAAUGAAGCUAUCGAGGGCCGCGAAUUCUCCGUGGCUGCUGGCACCCUUUAUCAAUACUGGUUCGGCCAGCUCUGCGAUACAUUCAUCGAGAACUCAAAGUAUCUCCUGACGCCAGAGGCUCCGGAAGAUGAGAGAAAGUCGGCCCAGCAGACAUUGUAUACGGCCUUGGAGGGCGGCUUGCUUCUUCUCCACCCGUUGAUGCCUUUCUUAACUGAGCACUUGUGGCAGAAGCUGCCCCGCCGAAAGGGCGAUACUACGGAAAGCAUUAUGAUUGCGCGGUACCCCGAAUUCAACGAGAAACUGGAUGCGCCCGAGGAGGCUGAGAAGUACGAGUUCAUCAUGGCAAUUGCGGCAGGAGCGCGAAGCUUGUUGGCACAAUACGGCUUCAAAGAACCUGGCGACCUCAUUAUUCAGACCUACUCAGAGUCGGCCUUUAAGACUGCGUCAGAUGAGAAGACAUCGAUUAAAUCUCUCAGCGGAAAGUAUGCCGGUGAUGUUGAGGUCCUUCCUCCAUCCGCCGGUGCUCUUCCUCCUGCGGGCUGUGCUUUGCAGAACAUUAACGCCGAUGCGGCGGUGUUCCUCAAGAUUGUGGGACGAGUCGACCUAGGGGAAGAGAUGAAAAAGCGGGCAAAGGGAAUCGAGGAUGCCAAGGCUAAAGCUGAAAAGAGCAAGAAGGUUAUGAGUGCCGCUGGCUGGGAGAAGGCAAGCCCCGAAACGAAAAAGAAAGAAGAGGAGAAGCUGCAAGACGCCGAGGCCGAGGUGAAGAGACUGGAGGAAGCCAUCAAAGACCUGGAGAGAUUGAAGUUGGAGGACCAAAACUGA